AUUCCCUUACCCAGACUUUUUCCAUUUUCGCCACCACUAUGCCCUUCCAUGCUUAUAUAUAGAGGUACCCGCUAGACCCAGUAUCUCAUACACAACUUUCCUGGAUCUUUUCUGCCUUGGUUCUCGAGUCUUUAACCUCUUUCUGUAAUCUUUUUUUUUUUUGAAACAUCUUUAAUCUUUAAAUAUGUCUCCUAACGCAACCAUGGAACCCGUGGACUCCAAAACCAGGGCAUACGUGACUUUCUUGGCCGGCAAUGGGGAUUAUGUGAAGGGUGUGGUAGGCUUAGCCAAGGGUUUACGUAAGACAAAAACUGAAUACCCUCUUGUGGUUGCUGUUUUGCCUGACGUCCCAGAGGAGCACCGCCAGAUUCUUGAAUCUCAAGGCUGUAUUGUCCGUGAGAUUGAGCCGGUGUACCCACCGGAGAACCAGACCCAGUUUGCGAUGGCUUAUUAUGUGAUUAACUACUCAAAGCUGCGUAUUUGGGAGUUUGUUGAGUAUGAAAAGAUGAUAUACUUGGAUGGAGAUAUUCAAGUGUUUGAGAAUAUUGAUCACCUAUUCGAUUCACCAAAUGGGUAUUUCUAUGCUGUGAUGGACUGUUUCUGCGAGAAUAAUUGGAGGUUCUCUCCACAGUACAAGAUUGGAUACUGCCAACAGUGCCCAGAAAGGGUUCAAUGGCCAAAGGAGAUGGGCUCUCCACCUCCUCCCUACUUCAAUGCUGGAAUGUUUGUGUUUGAGCCUAAGCUUUUGACCUACUCCGAUCUCUUGGACACCCUCAAAGAAACCCCUCCGACUUCAUUUGCUGAGCAGGACUUUCUGAACAUGUUCUUCGAGGAUGUGUACAAGCCAAUUCCUCCAGUGUACAACCUUGUUUUGGCUAUGCUUUGGCGCCACCCUGAAAAUGUCGGGUUCGAAAAGGUCAAGGUUGUCCAUUAUUGUGCAGAUGGUGCGAAGCCAUGGAGAUACACUGGGAAAGAAGUGAACAUGGAGAGAGAGGACAUAAAGCUGCUGGUGAAGAAGUGGUGGGAUAUAUAUGAGGAUGAGUCAUUGGACUACAAGAAUGCUGUGCCUGCUGAUCAUGGAAAACUUGGAUCCAUAAUUGUUGCAUUUACCGAGGAAGAAGUGGUUCACCAGAGGAGUGCUCCAUCUGCGGCUUGAAAAAAUAAAUAAAUAUUUAGAUUAUUCGAUAAGGGGUGAUAUUAAUUAUGGAUAUGUCAACUUUAUAUAUAUAUAUAUAUCUGGACAAGUAUUGGCUUUAUUAGUUUUGGUGCCGUAGGGUGUGUUAAGGUAUAAUUAAUAGUGUCUUGAGUUGUGUAAUAUAUGCUAAUUGCAACAUUGGCAUCUACAAAAUUAUCCAAGUAUUAAUUAAGAAUAUAUAUAGUUAUCAUGCUUUCCUUAAA